ACGGAAAUCUAAAUUCACUCAAGUUUUGGCGCUUGAUUUAAAAUAGAAAUACAUUAAAUACGUAAUAAGUUACUAUAUUUUUUUUUAAUGUUCUAUGGUAACGUUGAUGAAAUGGAAUUUGUUUAGUCAUAAUUACUUGUCGAUUCUACAUUAUAUUAUAUAUACAUUUAUUUUACUUAAUAGAGUAAGAUUCUGUUUAUCGUAGAAGAUACGUUUAAAAGAAAUAAAACGCUAAAUAAAACAAUGUUAAACGGAGCAGUGUUAAGCGUGAUCUUACUAUAGUUAAAAUGUUUUAUAUAAUAAUAUAUGUAAUAUACUAUAAUAUUAGAAUUAUAAUGAACACAAACGUGUAGUAAACGUGUAAUAAACACAACCAAAAGUGAUAUAUAAACAAAUGCAAUUGAAUUGAACACUCAUAGAAUUGCUACAUACCAGUCUCGGGCAGCUACUAAAGUAGAGGUAGAGGGGGAAUAAAGUUACUAGCGUGAGGAGAGCAGAUAACUGGAUGUCUUCUGUUUGUGCUGUGUAUAUAUUACUCUUUUUUCUUUGCAUUGGGACAAUUGAUACAAGCAUUUUAAAUCCUAGUGACGUAACAUUUAUUGUGUUGAGUCAAAAAGAGGGUUAUCAUGCAGCACAUGCCGAUGUUUUAAAGAAAAGUAUUAUUGAACAGGCUAACACUCUUGAUAAGGAUCCUCCUCAAAUAAUUUUGUCCCAUGAGUUGAACAUUAAUGGAUCGUGGACAAUAAUACCACUAUUGGAACAUACCCAUCCAACUUCGAAGUGGUUUUUCUUUUGUUUGGAAAAUACAGUAAUCAGAUUAAUUAAACUAUUAAAUACUUUGUCUAAGUAUAAAGAGAAUAAGAAAUUAUGGAUCGGUCAUGCAUUAUAUGAUCACGAACCAACAAUCAUACAUCAUUUUGCAGAGCAUAAUAUAAAAUUUAAAUAUCCGCAUAUAGCUUCAGGUUUUGCUAUAACAUCAGCUUUGAUGAAUAGUUUAGUACAAAAAAUCAUUACAGGAGAUAAACCUAAAGAUGACUUUUCAAUUGAUGUAUCAUACGAAUUUGCAUUAUUUGUUUUAAAUGUUGAUAAAGGAAUACGAUUAACACAUGCAUCUGAAAUAUGUAUUGUAUCUAGUCCUGACUGUGCCACUUAUCCAAGAUUUUUUCAUCCAUGUGAUUCAUCUGUAUCUACUGAGAACGCAUAUUUUGCUGUAAAAACAUGCACCAAGUAUCACAUUGAUAGAAUUCCUGUAGUCAAGAGGACAUGGGCAAAACAUGUUAAAAAUAUUGGUUACUAUAGCGAUGGAGCUGAUAAAAAUUUACCAGAGGCUUUUAUUGUGCCAAAUACUACACAUGGACACUGUGCUAAGACUUAUAAUAUUUUAGUACAAGCAAACAAGAUACUACAGAAAAAUAAUUUAAAUUGGUUAAUAAUCUGUGAUGAUGAUACAAUGUUUAGCAUAGCGCGUUUGAUGCGUUUGUUAACAUGCUAUAACCCCAAUACUCCUCUUGCAAUUGGAGAAAGAUAUGGUUUCCGUGUAUGGGACCGUUCUCAUGGAUAUGAGUAUUUAACAGGCGGUGCUGGACUUGUUUUAUCUAAACCCUUAGUUCAUGAAAUGGUACAGGCAGGCAGAUGUGAUUGUCCAUCCGCCACAACUCCAGAUGACAUGUACCUGUUUGGUAUAUGUUUAACACGAAUUGGAGUACAACCUGUUCAUUCACAACUGUUUCAUCAAGCACGUCCAUCCGAUUACGCAACUUCCUAUCUUGCGUCUCAGGAACCUGUAUCUUUUCACAAGUUUUGGAUGAUUGAACCACAAGUAGUUUAUAAUGAAUGGUUUGCCGAAGCAGAUAAGUCUUUAAUUACAAUGAAGAGACACACCGAACUAUAAUAUCAGUACCCAUGUCCUCCACAGGAUUCUCUGCAGUCUUGAAUGAUAUCUCGGCUAGUCCAUGAACAGAGUGGUUUGGCUGCAGAGGAUAAUGCGUGAAUCUCCAUACCUUCGUGAUCAAUAUUAUCGUCAUUUUUUGCAUUUGAUAGUUUAAGUUGAAAUUCAGACAUCUGAGUCACAAAUGCAGAGGAAAAGACUUUUAUUGCGUAUAUUGAUGCCAAGUGGGGGAACAGUCGCCAUUGCUACGCAUUUACGAUAAGUUUUAAUUACACUAUAUAUAUUGCGAAAUAUUAUUAUAUUUCUUUAACGAAUUUUUAUUCCGUCAAUCUAAA